AUGGACUCGGCUGUGACGGAGCUUGUGGAAGCAGUGCGUGCAGAUGUACGUGCACGCCUACUGGACUUGCUAGAUGAGGUGACUGGCCGCAAAGUCUUGCUGCUUGAUAGCACAAUUGUUGGGCCUUUGGAUCUCAUCGUCAGCCCAAGCGAUCUGAAAGAUCAUGGAGUCCAGCAAUGGCACAAACUGUCCGACCAGACAGUUGCGGCAGACUGCUCACAGAUGAUAUUCCUUGUGCGAUGUGCUCGGAUUGAACUCGUGGACAUGAUGGCGAAGCAGAUCCUUGCGGAUGAAAAGGAGCAGAAGGAGCGUCUGUACGUGGCUGUGUUCGUGCCGAACAAAACUGAGGAGUGCGUUCAGCGUCUUGCCGCCAGCAAUGUGAAAGCCAAUGUGCGCAUCACGGAGUGUGCCAUUCAUCAUUUCCCGUCGGACAAGGAUGUUCUCUCGAUGGAAACACCUAGACUGUACCACGAUUUCCAUGUCCUCGGCGAUCCAUCUGGACCCUUCUAUGCGGCACAGGCUUUGAUGUCAUUGCAGCAGAAGUUUGGCACCAUUCCGUCGGUGCAUGCUAUCGGCGGGGCGGGUCGCGUCGUCGUUGAAGUCAUGCAGCGACUGCGAAAGGAAGAUCAAGCUGGCCAGGCAAAGCUAUCGACUGUUGGCAAGGUUGAGAUUCAGCCGGGAGUUCCUCCAGUUGCAGCACACCCAAAGGGAGCUGCUGCCAUCAGGCGGCGUGAGGAAGCAUCACUUACGUCGCCGGCACUGGCCAGUGCUUCACCGGAGGUGCAAGAAGCGAAGACAACCAGGAUCAACGAGUUGGUGGUCAUCGAUCGUCGCGUUGACCUCUUCUCGGUGCUGUGUUCCCAGUUUACCUACCAGGCUCUCAUCGACUCCGCAUAUGGUAUUCAGAACAACUUGAUUGACAUCAGCAAUGCCUCUUGGGCCAAGGACCGUGGAAAUGCCAACUCGACCGUGCGCCUGUCCCCUGAUGACCCUUUCUAUCAGGAGAUCCGCGAUCUGCACAUCGACAAGCUGGGACCUUUGCUGGAGGAGAAGGCUCGUGCUGUUCAGCAGACCUACUCAGAGAAGGACAACGUCAAGCACAAGAGCGCGAGUGACAUGGCCGAGUACAUCAAGAAGUUCAAGACAGCUCAGUCAGCACAUCCCCUCCUGGAGAUGCACAUUAAUUUGGCUCACGAUCUCAAGGACAAGAUCCAGUCUGAGGACUACAGGCAGAUGCUGAAGCUUGAGGAUGAGAUCACGGCACAGAGCACCAGCUCUCAGAGCUGUCUGGACACCGUGGAGGACAUCAUGGAUGAUCAGAAGCCUUUCCACGAGGCUUUGCGACUGCUCUGCUUACUGUCUCUGGUCAACAACGGCAUCAAGGCGAAGCAGCUAGAUCAGCUCAAGCGAACCUUUCUGCAGUCGUACGGGUUCGAACACAUGCUGACGCUUGCAAACAUGGAACGUGCUGGGCUCCUGCGAUACCAGCAUGGCAAGUCGGGCUGGAGCACCAUCAAGCGGCAGUUCAAUCUUUUCGUGGAGGAUGGUGCCGCCGACCAGGAUAUCAGCUAUGCCUACAGUGGCUAUGCUCCCUUGAGUGUACGCCUGGUGCAGAUGACAAGGAGCCAGCCAAAAGGUUGGAUGAGUCUCCGAGAUGCCUUGAGCUUGCUGCAUGGUCCUGCACAGGAACUUCAGCAACCAGAAUCGAAUUCGGCGAAAGAGCAAGACGGUAACAAGUCCUCGAUCGUGUUGGUGUGUUUUCUCGGUGGUGUAACUUCCGGGGAAAUAGCAGCGCUCCGCCGUCUUGCUGAGCUGGAGGAUGGCCGACGGAGGUUUCUGAUCAUGACCACGGAGUUCAUAAACUCCAAAAAGCUCUUCGACUCCAUGCGCAACGAGGAGGUCUUCAAGCAGGCUCCGGUGGAGGGCAAAGCCAGGCCGCAGGAGAGGUCUUUGAGGGGCUUCGGGUUCUGGCCGACUAGCCGGUGA